AUGAUAAACAAUGAUGAGAAUGAUGCUUCCGAUGGGUUGGAGAUGAUAAACAAUGAUGCUCAUGAUAUUGGGUUGGAGGAUACUGCUGUUAAUGGUGUGGAGAUCAACAAAGAAAUUGUUGUUCAUGAAAACAAAGAUUCUGCUGUUGUUGAUGAUGAUGCUUAUGUUGAUGGUUUGGAGAUCAACAAAAAAGCUGUUGUUGAUAAUGAUGAAAACAAAGAUGAUGCUAAUGCUGAGUUGGGAAAGAAAGAAUUGGUCACGAAGAAGAACAGGAAGGUGGUUUUGACCAAAAAUAGGUUGCAGCAGUUGGGCAAGAAAAGGAAGAUGGAUGAAGAGGCUGAGUUGGGAAAGAAGAAGGAUGAAGAGGCUGAAUUGGGAAAGAAGAAGGAUGAAGAGGGACAGAGUUUUCGGAGAAAGAAGAGGUCCACACAAUUGGGGAACUACACAGAUCCUAAUGGAAAAUCCUUUAAACUCAUUGAUUCAGUAACUGUCAAUCCUCUUUUAGAUUAUGAUAGUGAACUGUUGGAUGAGUUGAAACAAUGGUUGAAGCUGGAGGAUGAAGACAAGAUAAAUCUGGUUCUUUUCUAUGCUGCAGGACAAAGAGAAAUAGCAGGAAUUGCAUCUGUCGCAGACGACAAUGCAUCUGGCGAGAUAGAUGCAGCAUGUUACAUUCUUAAAAAAAGGGUUGCCAAUUUCCCCAAGACUUAUCAACCGAUGGAUUUUUCAAUAUGUGACUGUAAUGUCUCUACGAGGUUGUCGUUACGUUAUUCAAAGUUCUCCAAAAAUCCACAAACAUACCAAUUCGACGAUGACUUGAUGGAAUAUUUCAGGGGUGAUGAAGGAAAAUUUAUGACUUCUUGGAUGAUUGUAGAUAAGGUAUAUUUCCCUAUGAAUCUGAAUAUGAAGCAUUGGGUCCUGUGUGAGGUGCAACUACAAGAUAUGUGCAUCAAUGUUUAUGACUACGAACAAGGAUUUAUCAAAAAGAAUCAGUAUGACAAGUCCAUGAAACCACUAUAUGAAAUGAUUCCAUAUAUGUUUCUAUUUGGAACGACCGAGUUUGACAAGAUCAAGUAUCCUAAGUUCAGUUUGGAAGGAAUGUCAUAUGUUGUAAUACCACACCCAAGAGUCCCCAAUUGCACGAAGAGUGGAGACUGUGGUCUUUUUACAAUCAUGUAUUUGGAGUACCUUACUGCCAAAUUGGAUAUAUCAGCUGUGACAACAGAAAACAUGGUUUUUUGGAGACAAAAAUGGGCAGUUAGGUUAUUCCACCAUAUAAUAGACCCAUAG